GUACUCUGGUCUUUUGUCUGGGCAGUAUCGAUUGAGGGGACAGUGUUUGGAAAGAUGUCUCCUUUUCCUUUGAUCAGUUUUCCACCAGCCAGGGUGGAUUUGCUUAAAAUCCUUCAGUGGCUUCCCGAUGUCUUUAGGAUGGUGUUCACGUUGCUGUGGCUCACAAGUCCGCGCUCUGAUGUCAUUUGUCCGAGUGAACCGUUACAGCUCCCGGGGAGGAGGAAGGAAAGCACUGAAAGUAAAGAAGAAAACGGCAGUGAAGCAAGAAUGGGAUAAUACUGUGAAUGAUCUAACAGUUCAUCGGGCAACUCCUGAAGAUCUGAUACGCCGACAUGAAAUACACAAAUCAAAGAAUAGAGCACUAGUACACUGGGAACUCCAAGAAAAAGCUUUGAAGAGAAAAUGGAAGAAGCAGAAACCGGAAAUUUCUAAUCUUGAGAAAAGGAGAUUGUCUAUCAUGAAGGAGAUUCUUUCUGAUCAAUCAUCAUGGCAUUUUCCUUCUGCAGGGUUUCCGAAUGUAACAGUGGCUCCUGAUUCCUCUCAAGGGCCCAUUGUGCUAAAUCAAGACCCCGUCACCCAGGCCAUCCUUGGUGACUCUGUUGUGGAGCCUCAGGCUCUUAACGAAAUAGAUGAAGAAGAAGAAGAAACUGUUAACAGCCAGUCAGAGGAAAGUGAGAAUGAGUUGGAUAACUCUCAGUCUAACAUGAAUGCAGACAGGUUCCUUCACCAACUAAAGGAAGAUAAUUCUGAGAUAAUUAGUAAACUGUGGACUGAUAUUCAGCAGAAAAUAGCAACACAGUCACAAAUAACAAGCCCUCUAGGGACUCCAUCAUCCACCUCUCCAUCAGAGGAAAAAAAAGCUGCUCUGAAUGCGACCAAUGCUGUCAAGAGAGUCCACACCAGGCUUCAGCCUGAAGAAUCUUCUGAGUCUCUAGACUCCAGCUACGUUGUGGGACAAGUGCUGAACUCCAGGAAGCAAAAGCAGCUGUUAAAUAAAGUGAAAAGAAAACCGGAGUUGUGUGCCCCUUCCAAGCAGAAGGGAAACAUGCUGUCAUCUAGCACAGCCUCCACAGACUUAUCAAGUAGCACCAAUCCCAGCCUGGAUGUCCUCAAGCACAUGAUACAUGAAGUGGAACACGAAAUGGAAGACUAUGAGCGGUCGACGGGACGCGAAGUCAAGGAACCACAGAGCAGCCAGGGUCUUACAGGCUUCACCCUGUCGCUGGUGAGCUCCCUCUGUCGCCUGGUUCGGUACCUUAAAGAGAGUGAGCUCCAACUGCGUAAAGAAGAAGAGACAAGGCAGAAACUGGAGCAGGCAUUAGGUGAUCAUCGAGAGCUCAUUGAUGCUCUGACAGCUGAAAUUCUACUUCUUAGAGAAGAAAAUACUGCUACCCAGGCGAGACUUCAGCAGUAUAUGGUCACAACAGAUGAGCAACUUAUAUCGAUCACACAUGCCAUUAAGAGCUGUCCAGUGAUAAAUAACAACCAAGCAAGUCUGGCAGCAGAAAGGGGAGCCACGAGUAGUAGAAUUAUGGACAAUCCAGAGGCUUCAGUUGUAAAUGCUAAUGUCUCCAUGCCAUUGAUGUAUCGAGGGGAAGAAGUGCGUGAAUUCCCACAGGAAGACUUGCCUGUUAAACUAUCUCAAGUGCCAAACCCUCCAGAUAGUGUGAAUCUGGCCAACAAUUUUCCAGCACACAUAUUUGAGCCAGCUGUGUUGUUAACACCACCCCGGCAGAAGAGCAACUCAGAAUUCUCUCCUCUGCAGGAUGUAUUGAGGAGGACCGUUCAAACUCGUCCUGCUCCACGAAUUCCUCCAACUGUGGAAAUAAUUGAGAAGGAACAAAAUUGGGAAAAGAAGACCUCACCGCCCAGCACAGACAUUCAGAAUUCAAGUGACGAGAGUCAUCUCUUCACCCAGAGGUGGAGGGUCUCUCACAUGGGAGAAGAUUUGGAAAACAAAACCGAGGCUCCUUUUGUCAACCUCUCACAGCCCCUGUGCAAUUCCCUCUCAAACACUCAGCAACCCAGAAACCCUGCAUUCUCAGAAGAGCCCCCAGUACUGGGGGAUGGGCAACAGCUUAGAGCAGAUGAGGCAUUAAUACAAAGAAAGAACAUCAUGGCACAAAUUGCUGAGUUGACACUGCAGAAUUCAGCUAUCAGGGCUCAUCUGAAUAAUAUUCUUUGGCCAGGGGGAGAGCAAGGGGAUGGACUUCGGGAGUUAAACAAACAGGAGACAAGUCAUACAAGCAACGUGAGUGCUACUUUUCCAGCAACACGGCCUCUAACACCAAAUAGCAUGGAGGAGCGGAUUGCGGAACUGAACCGGCAGAGUAUGGAGGCUCGCGGAAAGCUCUUGCAGUUAAUAGAGCAGCAAAAACUUGUUGGUUUGAAUCCUUCCCCUCCACCGAUAUCACCUAUUCAGUCACCUCUCAGAGCUUGGACUGAUUGGCCACAAAUUCCUGAUUUAAAAGAAGGAGGAAAGAGGACAAUUGAAGUAUCUGUUCCAGGAGCAGAAGCCCCAGAAACCUCAAAAUGCAGUACUGUCUCUCCUAUCAGUGGAAUAAAUUCAAGAAGAUCUUCAGGGGCUACUAGUAAUUCUUGUUCUCCAUUAAAUGCCACCUCAGGAAGUGGGCGAUUCACACCUGUUAAUCCAAGAGCAAAGAUUGAGAAACAAAAUGAAGAAGGCUGGUUCGCUCUUUCCACUCAUGUGUCAUAAGUGAGGUCAAGUGUGACUUUGUUCUCAGUGGUACAUUCUUGAGCUUCCAUUCCCCUUUCCCUGCUUUCAAGUUUUUGUCCUUCUUUCAGCUAAAACCUACAAAGAUCCUGUGACUUCAUACAAAUAGAACAAAGAAAUAAAGCAAUUAUUUUAUUUUUGAACUUUCAAAUACAUUUCCAACAACUAACCAACCUGCAACCUCCUGCAAAUAAAAUGUUGACUAUAGGGAAAUUAAAGUUUCAUAUUCUAGUAAUUUCCUAAGUA